AUGGUUCUUGUACCUAUCUUCAACAGAAAUAUGCAGGCACCGAACGUCGACGAUGACACACCUCCUCCCUACGCCGAAGUGGAGUCUGAUUCCGCGAACACCACUCCAGAAGGUGGUGCUGCGCUGAAAAUCCAACCAUUGCCCGACAAAACCGGUGUCAUUCUCACCGUCCAGCCGCCGAGAGUUCCAGAGAACGAGCAAAUCUCACAUGUACCAUGCGACAUCGCCUUAGUGAUCGACGUGUCGGGCAGUAUGGCGGUUGAUGCCCCGGCUCCCGGCGAGGAUGAGAGAACCGGCCUAUCAGUUUUGGAUCUGGUCAAGCACGCAUGCCGCACAAUCAUGUCUACUAUGACCAAGGAAGAUCGACUGGCAAUCGUCACAUUUUCCAAUCGAAGCAAGGUGCUGCAGCCCCUGACAGACAUGACAGACGCCAACAAGGAGGCCGCCAAGGCAAAGAUUGAGGCCAUGACACCCGAAACCUCCACCAAUCUGUGGCACGGUUUGCGAGACGGCAUCGGGCUCUUCAAGGAUCAAAAGAAGACAGGCCGCGUGCCUGCCAUCAUGGUUUUGACGGACGGCGAACCGAACCACCUGUGCCCGCCGCAAGGAUAUGUGCCAGCGCUCAAGGCGAUGGGCAGCAUAGCGCCGUCCAUCCAUACCUUUGGGUUCGGAUAUAAGCUCAGAUCAGGACUGUUGAAAUCCAUCGCGGAGUUUGGAGCGGGCAACUAUGCCUUCAUCCCCGAUGCGGGCAUGAUAGGCACUGUCUUUGUCCACGCCGUUGCCAACCUCCAAUCUACUUUCGCCAAUUCUGCCACUCUGAAAUUGACAUACCCCAACAUCGUCACCAUACAGCAGACAACGGGAAUUGCUGUGUACCUAGAAAGCCCUGUGCAGGCUCCUGGCGGCAACUUCGAGCUCAAUAUACCACUAGGAAGUCUACAGUACGGCCAAUCUCGGGAUAUCUACUUGACAUGGAAGAGCAGCUCGGCCGACAGUGACAUUGAGCCUUCAUUCCUCAACGCCGCUCUUCAAUACAGCAAGAUGACAGAAACACAGUAUACCAGCCACGUCAGCCGGGACCUCAUGGACCUAUCCUUCACAUCGCUCUCCGACGCCGAGAUAGCAAGCCACGUCUCUCGAUCCCGCAUCUGCGCCUUUCUCUCCGAGCUGUUCCCGAUAGACGCCCUCGGCGAGCACCGCCCCCACCCAGGGCUCUAUUCCCUGGAGGACAAGCAGAAACAGCUCCGCGACCUCAUCGCCUCGCUGCCCGCGGCCCAUUUCCCCAACGACGCGAUGUGCGCGGCCCUCAUGCUGGACCUGACCGGGCCGGAACCCCACGGCCAGGUCACCCUCGCACUCUCCAAGGACGAGUACCUCUACCGCUGGGGCCGGCACUACCUGCCCAGCCUGCACGGCGCCCACGUCAGGCAGGCCUGCAACAGCUUCAAGGACCCGGGCCCGCUGCAGUACGGCGCGGGGUCCCCGCUCUUCACCAGGUGCCGCGACGCCCUCAGCACCGCCUUCGACGACCUCCCGCCCCCAGAGCCCAGCAACCUGGCCCGCACCUUCGGCGGGGCGGCGAGGUACGCCGGGCCCCCAAGCCCCGGUCUUUCCGGCUACGCCGCUCGCAUCGGCGCCGCCGCGCGCGGGGCAUUCGGAGGCGGCGGCAGCUCGAGCACGUCGAGUUUCACCGGAUUCACGAUGAAGUCGUAUAACUCGUCACGGGCGCCGUGCUUCGCGGGGAGGACGCUUGUGCGCCUCGCCAGCGAUGAGCACGUGCGGAUCUCGUCGCUGCGCAAGGGACACGUGGUCGCUACGCCGUCUGGGCCCCGGAAAGUCGCCGCCGUCCUGGAGACUCCUGUGAGCCGGCAGAUCAUGGUCCGGAUCGAGGGCGUGCUCGUGACCCCUUGGCACCCUGUCUCCUUGCCCGCCGCUAAUCCAUCAACCGUGGCGGACGACGGGCGUGGCUGGGUGUUUCCCGCCCAGAUUACGCCGAGCGGGAAGGUCAGGUACACGGGAGCGAUAUAUAGCGUGCUGCUGGAGAGGGACGCGGACGUAGACGCGCAUGCUAUCGAGCUUGGUGGUGGUACGGGUGAUGCGAUACCAUUCUGGGGCGUCACGUUAGGCCACGGAAUGAUCAAGAGGAGGGGAGGUACUGAUGUGAGGGCACACCAGUUCUUUGGGAGCUACGAGAAAGUUGCCCGCAGCUUACAGGCUUUGCAAAAGAAGGGCCAGGGGCUGAUUGUUGGCGGUGGCGUGAGGAGGGACAAGAGCACCGGUCUCGUGGUCGGGUUCAAGAGAUAUCAGCCUCGGCGCCGAGUGAAUUCCGCUUUGUUAUUGUUGGAUCGUACGACUAUUUGUAAACGAAGACAGGCUCUUCGGCUUGUUCAGAAGGGGUGUAAAGUCAUGUCGUAUUAG